AUGCUGGAGUCGCUAGCGGCAGGGUUGCUCAAUCGGUUUUUGGGAGCAUAUGUGGAGAACUUCGAUAGCAAACAGCUCAAUGUUGGCAUCUGGAGUGGUGACGUGAAACUGAAGAACUUGCAGUUGAAGAGAGAAUCUCUAGAUGCACUGCAUCUUCCAAUUGAUGUGCAAUUUGGCUUUCUAGGCGACUUAACGCUACAAGUACCGUGGUCAAGCUUGAAAAACAAACCUGUGAAAAUUCUUAUUGAAGAUGUGUAUCUGCUGUGUGGUCCUCGUGAUCAGUCUGCCGACAAUGCAGCAGACGACGAAGAGCGCGAAUUGCGCCUCAAGUUGCAAAAAUUGGAUGAGUUUGAGGCUAUAAGCAAGGCACAACCUCACGAUGAUAACGCAACAGACGCAAACGAGACUUUCACGCAAUCUUUGGUUACCAAGAUUGUUGAUAAUCUACAGGUGUCGAUUAAAAACAUUCAUGUGAGGUACGAGGAUAUGGAAAACGUAUUUUCUGAGGUGCCCUACUCUGUGGGUGUUACACUGAGCGAGCUGUCAGUCGUUUCCACAGAUGAGAACUGGGAGCCUAGUUUCAUAUCCAUAACGAGUGCUAUUGCUCGCAAACUUCUGACCUUGAACUCGCUGGCUGUUUAUUGGAAUGCAGAUACGAAAAGUGUGUACCAUCCAGACCAUGACGAGCUCUUCAGACGCCUGCGGAAUCUGAUCUGCAACAAAAAUACCCGUCCCGAACACCAAUUCCUGCUUAAACCUGUGACUGGAGCUGGAAGGCUAGUUUUGAAUAAGUUGGGAGCUUCGGACGAAAGCCCUCAUAUCGACGUCGGCCUAAUUUUCGAUGAGUUCGGAUUUGAUAUCAAUAACUGCCAGUACGAGGAUAUCUUGAAUACAUUAUCCAAGCUGCAUUGGUAUGAGAAAACUUUGAAAUUUAGGAGGAAAAGACCUGCUUGCACGGUCAGUGAAAACCCGACAGCUUGGAUGAAAUAUGCUGCGGAGGCCGUGCUCCAGGAAGUGCAUGAAAAGAACUAUAAAUGGAGUUGGGAUUACAUCAAGUGGAGAAAGGGCAAAAAGAACGAAUACGUGGAUUUGUGGCAAGCCAAGCUUGCUGCAGAUGCUAAAUCACAGCAGCUGUCUGCAAGUGACCAAGAAAAACUCAGGGACCUGCAUAAAUGCUUGACAUUCGAGGAUAUUAAAUCUUUUAGAGUCCAGGCUCGGAGGUCUUAUGCCACCAAGAGAUUAGAGAACGAGCACAAUGCCAAAGAUUCGGGCAAGGACACCACGAACAAUUCUCCAGGAUGGUUCUCUUCUUGGUGGAGCGGUGGAUCAUCAAACAGCACCGACUCUGAUGAGUUCGCGAUGUCUACAGAACAGAGGCAAGAGCUUUAUGAUGCCAUUGAGUAUGAUGAGAAAGAAACCGGCCCAGAUAUUCUAGAUGUUCCACGAGAAAGAAUUGUGACCAAAAUAACUUGUGCACUGCAUCGAGGUUCUCUCUCUAUCAUAGACAGGAAGAAUGGUGUCAAAAUAGGUGAGGUUAUUUUCGAAAACUCACAAACUGAGUUCAGCCAACGUUCAGACUCGUUUCUUGCUUCUUUCAAAUUGCACGAACUCAAGGUUGAAGAUGGCUCUCCAGAUACCUUAUACAAGCAUAUUGUCAGUGUCAAAAAUUUACAAUUGGAUGAAAAUGGCCAAUCGCCCCGUCUAGAAGAGCCGUUUUUCCAUGUUCUUGUUGAAAAUAACCCAUUGGACGAUUCUGCUGACAACAAGAUGGAUAUUAAACUCCGUAGUAUGACGGUCUUUUACCAUGUUCAUUUUAUUAACGAAAUCAUAAGACAAUUUCGUCCUCCUCAGCAACAUCUGGAUACAAUUGGGGCCAUAAUGAGCGCUGCUGAAGCAACGGUAGGAAGCUGGUCGGUUCAGAGCAGAAUGGGACUAGAAUCUAUUUUGGAAGAUCAUAAAACUGUCAACUUGAAUCUGGACUUGCAAGCUCCAUUACUCAUCCUUCCAUUAGAUCCUCAUAAAUGGGAAACGCCAUGUGCCGUUAUAGAUGCUGGCCACAUAUCUAUUACGAGUGAUCUUGUUCCAAGAGAAACAUUGAGGAAAUACAAAAACUUAAGCCCCAGUGAGUAUGAAAAGCUGGACUCGAAAGAUUUAAAGAGACUGAUGUUUGACAGGUUCAAGCUUCGUUUGACCGAUACGCAAGUCUUGGUUGGGCCUGACAUACGAUCGACGAUAUCUGAUCUUAAGGUGAGCGAACGAGAGAGCCCAUUAACUAUUUUGAAUGAUCUUGAAGUCGGGUUGGACGUGGAUAUCUCAAUAUUGCCCAAAGCUCUAAACUUACCCAAAGUCAAGGUAUAUGGUAAAUUACCUCUUCUCAAAAUCUCCCUCAACGAUUUUCAAUACAAAAUCAUCAUGCAGCUGAUUGACAAGUGCAUUCCAGAUUUGCAGGAUGCCCAGGGCGGCUGGGAAGAAGGAGAGAAUAAUCGUAAUCGCGAUGAGGGGAUUGAGCAAAGUUCUGCGGCUAAAGAGGUCUACCUUCUGAGACAAACUCUGCAAAGCAUAAGUGGAAUGUCUGCUGCGGAACUCAAACAGCGGCUCCUUCAUCUGAAGUUUGAUGUCGAGACCAUUCAGCUGUCAAUGUUCAAGUGCGUUGAUGCGAAAUCACUGAAGUCUGAUUUACUAGUCAACUUGAUAGGGAACAACUUGCGCCUCGACUUCUCCAAGAGAGUCCAGGAUAUGUUGUUAGGACUAGACCUUCAGUCUUUCAAAAUUGAAGAUUGCAUUGAUGAUAGUAUCUCAGAUGAGUUCAAAAAUCUAAUAUCCUCCUCUGAGCAAUCAACCAAAGGGUCACCUCUGUUUAAGCUGAAACUGAAACGCACACAAAGAAUUGUUACGUAUAAUGAUACUUUGAUUGAAGUUUUUGAUCAGGAUAUUGACAUCACUAUGACUGAGUUAACCGUCGUGUUAACCCCGAAAUCAAUUCUAACGCUUCUCAAUUAUACCCUCACAACAUUUACUGAUCCCAAUGCUCCAGAGAUGCCGGUGGAUGCUUUGAAGCACAAUUCUCCAGACGUAGCGGAUUCUCCUCAACAGAUCAACAUGAAUAUGAACUUAGGCAAUGUUAUCGUUCUGCUCAACGAUGAGGCCGAGAAGUUGGCCACUUUGGAAUUAAGCGCGGCCGAAGUUGAGCUUUUCAUCCUUCCCGAGAAGAUGAGACUGAAGGCAAAACUUGGCACGAUGGAGUUGACUAACGAAAUUCACGAUGAGUUGUCGCCUGCGUCCCCGCUCAGAAAAUUGAUCAGUAUGAAUGGAAAUGAGUUGGCCGAGUUAUCCUACGAGACUUUUGAUAAUCACAAUGAGGAUUUUGAAUACUCUUCGGCUGUUGGUUUCAAGACAGGCUCGAUGAAUAUCAAUAUCGUCGAUGAGGCAGUCAAUCGAAUCAUUAACUUUUUGGCUAAAUUCCAGAAAAUGAAGGUGCUCUUUGAUAGGGCGCGAGAGGCCGCCUAUGAUAGGGCCCCCAGCAUUGAUACUGUCAAUACCACAAAACUUGAUAUUAUGAUAAGGGCUCCCGUCGUUACGUUUCCUAAGCUUAUAAACCCGAAAAAAGGUCUCUACGAUAAGCUGUCCUUUUACUUAGGGGAGCUGACGAUAUUUAACUCAUUUGAGAAAAGUGAGAGUGAACUUAUCAAUCAAAUAAAGACUGGUAUAAGAUCAGGAAGUCUUGCUACCCAGUUUCAUUUGGAAGGAGGCAAAAUUCAGCAACUCAACAUUGUGGACGGCCUGAAUUUGCAUUUCGACAUUGAUCAUCAUCAGUACAGCGAAGGACUAACAUCUAAGUUGAUGGUAAAGGGAUUUUUUGAGCCUCUACUCGCGAAUGUCACAGAACUACAGCUGCAAUACUUAUACGUGCUUUCUCAAAAUUUACCUAAUGCAUUUAUUAUUGACCAGCAUGAACAGAAAUUGGAUGAGGUUCAAGAUAUUGCUUUGUUUGCGAACAAAGUCGUGCCUACGGGCAGUGGGUUGAAAACUUCGUCGCCGGCUCUCAACGAUAGCUCAUUUGAAGAGUCUGGUCCAACUCAACGUACGGACAUCUCUCUUGAGUUCUCUGCUCCUGAAGUGUCAUUAACUCUGUACAAUGGCACGAAGCACCGUGAUGACAUUAAGGAUCAGGCUCUAACUAAAAUAAGUUUCAACGAGAUUGGUCUCAGUCUCGAAACAAACGAAGAAACGGGGAUGAAGGCUGAAACCCAUAUUUCAUCCUUCACCAUAGAUGAUAUCAGGCACACGAAAUACAGUCGUUAUAAUGAGAUUAUACCGAAGGUCUCAAAUGGAAACUACCAAUUCAUGGCUUCUUUCAAGAAAGUUAAUCGUGGUUCUUCGGAGAUCGACCAUAUCAGCAUUACCGUGGACAGUCCCCGGAUAAUUCUAGCAUUGGACUUCUUGUUUUCGUUGAAAUCCUUUGUUGAUGCUUCUGUCAAUAUCAAUUCCCCCGCGAAAGUGUUUUCAACAGUCGAAGAACAACCACAAAAUGUAGAACCUCAGCCUGCUGUAUCUCGAAGCCAAUUAUACUACUCCGUUAACAUCGUUGAUAGUUCCAUCAUUCUGUUGUCCGAUCCUUCGGACCUGAACACCGAAGCUAUCGUUUUCAAUGUAGGCCAAUUGCUCCUUUCCGAGCAGAAUGUCACUUCUGCGAAUGCUAACAAUGUUGGAAUGUUUCUUUGCAAGAUGCAGUCGUUCGAUGAAAAUCGCAUACGUCUGCUGGAUGAUUUUUCUGCAUCAGCGGUAAUAGAUCGUAGAGAUUCGACCUUGGAAAAGUUUUUGACGUCAAUUCAGGUGUCUAUUGAGCCACUCACAAUGAGACUAGCUUUGAGAGAUAUAAGACUCGCGAUGUCGAUUUUCAACAGAGCGAUGGUACUUGCUAAAGAGCACGGAUUGACGAACGAGACGACUGAAGAUGAGGAGGCUGCUAAUGGCGCAUUUUCAAAAGAGUUUAGAAAGACCCUUUCGAGAUACGCUCCGAGCUUGAUAUCAUCCAUUAGUCAUUUAUCAAGUGAAAGGGUCGAGAAUAAACAACAAGUCACGAUAGUAAAAAAAGAGAAGCUCAACGCUGAUCUUCAAGGCUUACGACUCGUGUUGAUCGGAGAUGUUCACGAACUUCCUAUUAUCGACAUGAAUAUUAAGCCCUUCAACGUGACAGCAAAAGAUUGGUCUAAUGAUGUUGAGUUGAUUUCUUCCAUCGAAACCUACGCGAACAUUUUUAACUAUUCGAGGUCUAGCUGGGAGCCUCUAAUUGAAUCGGUACCAUUAUCUUUUCACCUCUCAAAAGGUAUUGAAGGCGAUGUGGCUCUUUACUUCGAUAUUAUUUCUCGUGAGCUGGCUGAAGUGACUCUGUCUUCCCGCACUAUUGCACUCUUGUCGCAAAUUCCCAAUUCCCUGUAUGAGAAGGAAGAUACCGAGGCGAGAGGGGCUACAAAACCUUACAAACUUUUCAAUGACACUGGUAUGAAAAUAGAAGUCUGGAUUCCAACUAAAGAGUCCGCAGAAUCACAGAACAGGACAAUUCUCGAAAAUGGCAUUGCCGUCCCUUGGGAAUUUGAGGACUGGAGAAAGGUUCGAGAAAACCUGGAUACCGACGACUCGAUGAACAUUUUAGCUGUCCGUAUCGUGGACCAGGAUUUCCAAACAACCUUGAAAAUAGAUGCGACUUCCGAAGGCGAAGACGUUUACACGCUGCAUCCUGCCGUAAACGGCGUACAUGCGAGACUAGCAUGUGAACUGAAGCUUUGCGAGGAUAAUGUCAAGCAAAUCACCGUCAAAUCGACCCUUGUGGUUCAAAAUGCAACAGAUGGGGAUCUGUUUUUCAAGUUAUCAGGUGAUGAGGAUAGUAUUCAUAAAGUCGCACCUGGACAGUCUCGCUCAGUGCCGGCGCAAGAUGCUUACAACGCCCGCGUUUAUCUGAAACCUGCUGGCGACUAUAGCUGGUCAAGCAGAAGUUUGUACUGGAAAGACCUCUUGUCAAAUCCAAGUUCAAUAUCGUGCGACUCAAAUCAAACCGAUGUCCCUUUCUACUAUGAAGUCGAUGCUAAAUUUGAUUCCAACGAGCCUUUGGCGAGAAUUUAUCCUCAUAUGAAUAUGGUAGUUUCGUCACCACUGGUUCUUGAAAACUUGCUUCCAUUUCCAGUGCAUUAUAAGUUGUUUUGGAAAUCAGAGGGCUUGAAUAAGUCAAGGUCGAAGAACGAAACUGGAAUGUGUUACCUUGAAAUUGGCGAGCGCGUUUUGGUACACAGUGUGACCUUGAGCGACUAUAUUUUGUUGUCAUUGCGGCCAGAAGACGGAGGCGUAGGCAUGUCUGAACAAGCUCUAAUAAACACAAAGCCCGAAUCAGAGUUGGAGCCCGAAAAAUUGAUUGCUUUGCGGUAUGAAAAUGGACAAAAUCUGAACUUGAAGCUUCAUUAUCAAAGGAUCGAAGGUUCGCGUGCUAAAGUUAUUAGCAUUUAUUCGCCUUACAUCAUUUACAAUGGGACAGACCGGGAUCUUCAGAUAGAAGGAGAUGGUCAUAACACAGCCUUCUCCAAAGUAUCGUUGAAAGCAGAGGACUCAACUCGCUAUACAAAGCCAACUAUGUUUUCAUUUGAAAGUGACCGCUCUAAUAAAAAUCGGGCCCGAAUCAAAUUUAAAGACUCUCACUGGAGUCUUCAGACUUCAUUUGAUGCAAUCGGUCGGUCAGUGGAUCUAGCCAUGGAAAUUCCUAACCGAAACCAAGAGAGCAACAUUGGUGUGACUAUCUCAGAGGGCAGCGGGAAAUUUGCACUCAGUAAAAUUGUUAAAUUACUACCUCGCUAUAUUAUCCGGAACAGUCUUGAUUUCGAUUUAGAAGUGAGCGAAUAUGGAUCGAGUUCCGUCAUGAAAGCGCAUUCAAACGUUUCUGUCCCGCUCUACAAAAUGAGGAACGUUGUUGAUAAGCAUAUGUGCAUAAAGUUUCUCGGAUCUCAGUCACAAUGGUCUUCACCUUUUAUGAUCAAAGACAUCGGAUCAAGCUACGUGAAAGUUUUGAAGAAUGGAUCUGGUCAUCAACUGCUGAAGCUUGACAUUGUUUUAGAAGAUUCCACCAUCUUUAUCAACAUAGCUGACGCUAAAGGCCAAUGGCCUUAUUCGAUUCGAAACUUCAGUGACCACGAGUUUAUAUUUUAUCAGCGUGAUCCGCACGCGUUCGAUAAUGAUGAAGACUAUGACUUGUACGAUGAUCUGGGAGACAUGAAAUAUGAACCACUUUAUUACAGAGUUCCGCCGAGAAGUGCAAUGCCUUAUGCUUGGGAUUACCCAGCUGCCCGACAGAAGAAGCUGAUCUUGACAUCUCGGCAACGCAAGCGCGAAAUACAACUGGCAGAAAUAGGCAACUUGCGACCCAUGAGGUUGUCUGCUCGAAGUUCUGCAGAGUCUACUGAUAUUGUGGAUUUGAACGUCGUAGCAGAUGGUCCAACUCAAGCACUAGUUAUUACCAACUAUAAUCCUGAGUUGAGUCUUUAUAAGCUCAAGUCAGGGCAAACCACCACAACAUCAUUGUCCUCGGACAAAGGUGACCGCUUCGAGGCAAAAGAGGAAGACAAGAACGUUUCCACCAAAAUCAUCGUAUCGUUAGAUGGUCUCGGUAUAUCACUCAUUAACGCACGCUUACACGAGCUGUGUUAUAUCACGCUAAGUGGUUUAGAAUUGAGAUUCAAUGAGUCAGACCUGUAUCAAACGUUAAGCUUCAAGCUCAAGUGGAUGCAAAUUGACAAUCAGCUAUUUGGUGGAAUUUUCCCUAAUAUCCUUUACCCCACAGCGAUCCAGAAAAACUUCAAAGAGCUCAGCAACCAUCCUGUUUUAUCUGGCUCUGUCUCAAAGGUGAAAGAUGACACGCAUGGAGUUCUUUAUUUGAAACACGCUACUCUCUUGUUACAGGAGCUCACAAUUCAGCUCGACGAAGAUUUCCUUUUUGCUCUUAUUGAUUUUGCAAAGUUUCCUGGUGCGUCUUGGAUCGUUGAAAUCAAAGACGAGUUAGAUACAGAAUAUUCCAUGCUUCCGUAUCCUAGUGAGCUGCAAAGAAACAAAGAUAUUUAUUUCGAGGUGUUCCAUUUGCAGCCUACUAUGCUUCAUUUGUCUUUCGUUCGUACUGAGCGCCUGAACGCUGAUACAGAAAAGGUUCCAUCUCAAAAUACGCUGAUGUUUUUUGCAAAUGUAUUGACAAUGGCACUAGGAAAUGUCAAUGAUGCACCUAUAAAACUGAACUCGCUGUUUUUGGAUAAUGUAAAAGUUCCUUUGCCUAUGCUCUUUAGUGCCAUUCAAACCCAUUACAGCCAGCAGUUCUUUUACCAAAUUCACAAAAUCUUGGGAUCAGCGGACUUUUUGGGAAAUCCUGUCGGUCUUUUCAACAACAUAAGCUCAGGUGUUUGGGAUAUAUUUUAUGAGCCCUACCAGGGUUACAUGCUAAACGAUAGACCUCAAGAACUUGGCAUCAGUAUUGCUAAGGGUGGUUUGAGCUUUGUCAAAAAGUCUGUGUUUGGACUAUCCGAUAGUUUCGCUCGGUUUACAGGUUCCGUAGCCAAAGGAUUAUCAGUCGCCACACAAGAUAGCGAGUUUCAAGAACGCCGCAGACUCGAGCAAAGAAAGGCAAAAAAUAGCAAAAGCAUGAAUGGAAUUGGCUCCGGUGCAACAUCGUUUGUCAACGGGAUCAGUAGCGGGCUACGUGGAAUCGCCUUCGAUCCAUAUAAAGGUGCCUCGAGAGAAGGAAUGCCAGGCUUUUUCAAGGGUCUAGGCAAAGGUUUCAUAGGCCUUCCAACCAAGACUGCAAUCGGAGUGCUUGACUUGGCGAGCAAUGUUAGUGAAGGAAUUCGAAACACCACCACGGUCAUGGAUGCAUCGCUGACGAAUCGUGUCCGCCUUCCUCGGUAUGUGGGUUUUGACAAAACCAUCAAACCAUUUAAUCUGCGUGAGUCUCAGGGACAAUUCUGGCUCAAAAAUUCCAACGGUGGUGAAUGCAUUACUGACAAAUAUCUUGCGCACGUCGUACUACCGGGCAAGCAACUAGCGGUUAUUGUAUCUCUUUCGCAUGUGAUCGAGGUUCGGUUGUCGAACUUGGAAAUAAUGUGGAAAGUUCGUUACAAGGAUGUUAGGGCCAUGACUUUGGAGAGGGCGGGAUUGGUCAUUACGCUAAAAAACGCAUCCACUGAAUUGUUUGUGCCCAUCACUGAUGCCGAGGAAAAGAGGUUCUUGUACAAGCACAUCUCUAUCGCAGUCAAUGAGUAUAACAAGUAUUGUCAGGCAGAACUUUGA